AUGCGCGCACGAGUAUCCAGCAGUCAGCAGCAGCGGCAGAGCGGCCAGGCGAACAGAGCAAUUGCGCGAAUUUUGGACUUGAGUUCGCCUGGGCGAAAGGCGCGAAGCUGCAAGGAUCUCAUCCGGUCGACCCAGGGCAAGCCCCAAGGAUGGCCUAGAUGGGCACGACGUAGCUCCGCGGGUGGCAUCGCCGGUGGGUUCGAGGGCGAACUGGAGCUGCUGGAAGUGCUGGAUGACCUCGAACUCGGAUCGCAGAGAGGCUGGAGACACGACGUACAACGCACGACGCAAGACCGCACGACACACGACACACGACACACGACACAGCAGGACAUGUCCUCUGGCAGCCCAAUCAGACCCAUUGGUCUUCAUCCGUGCGAGGAAUGUGAUAAGGUUGCUCGUCGCGAGUAA